AUGGCAACCAUAGAGCAUAAGAAUUCAGAGAUGGUGAAACAGGAGCUCUUGGAAAUUGAGGCUAACUCCAGCAAAGUGUAUGAUGUUAUAAGAGCAGUCAUAAAAGGUCAAUCAUCCUAUGAUAAUGGUAUGAAAAAGCUAAACCCUUUUCUGGAGUCUGACCCUUCCAUGGUGUUGGAUGUAAUCAGUGCUUUUGAUCUGGAAACAAUGGCGAAGGAAGAUAAGUCAGAGAGACAACAUUUCUUGAAAUUCUUCUCUGUGUUCCCAGUCAGUAAAUGUGAAUGGCUUCUCAAAGAGAGGUUGGAGAUUGAAUCCUUGCAGGAUAUUGGCCUCAUCAAUAGUAAGACAGCAUUCUACACAAAAUUCAUCAAGCUCAAGACGAAGUUGUACUACAAGCAGCAGAAAUUCAACCUUCUUCGUGAAGAGAGUGAAGGGUUUGCGAAAUUGGUAUCUGAGCUGACCCAAGGAGAUGGAGACUAUUCACAAGAGCAGCUCCUGGAAGUCAUCAAAGCUCUGAUUGGUUUCUUCAACUUAGAUCCCAAUAGAGUGUUGGAUUUGGUGCUUGAGGCCAUUGAGUGUUCUAGCAACCAGUCCUUAGUGACCCUGCUCAAAGCACUAGUUGGAGAGAAAAACCAAACACUUUGUGAACUCUUGGGCUUCAAGUAUGCCAACCCAGAUCCUUCACCAUCCCUGUACAAAUUGACUGCACUUCUUCUCCAGAAUGAGCUCAUUCAACUUGAGCAAGUAUAUUUUUGGCUGUCUCCUCAUGAGAAGGACAUGGUGAAGCAGAUGGAGGAGGAGAUCAACUGUGCUAACGAAUAUGCAAGGCGUGUUCACAUCAUCUCCACAAAGGGAGAGGAUACCAAGGAUGAAGAGGUGUUAUCAGAAAGUGUUCUGCAUAAAGUGGGAGUGAAUCAGAAGGUAGACCUUGUGGAGGCAUUACUCCAAGUUGGAGACUGGAAACAUGCUCAACAGCUCCUUGGAAAAAUGCCUCCUUUCUUUGGUGUCAAUCAUCCUAAGGUUUCACAAGCCCUCUGUGCCCUGAUCCACAAGAGGAUCCAGCCUGUUUAUCGUUUGAGGUUUGAGAAACCUAACAAUGCCUUCUCUAGAGAUGUCAGAAAGGAAAUGGAGAAGGUCUUCAUGAUGUUGAAGGCAUUGGGGCCAUUCUGUUCCCUGGAUACAGGAUUGCUGGGGAAAAUGGUACGUCUAUGUUCUUGGUUACUGCAAGACAUCAAGGCCAGUCAAGAGGACUCAGCUUACUAUGAAGUCUUAAACCUUCUGGAUGAGGUCCUCCUCCCUUCCCUCUCCAUGUUAGACUGCAACUGCUGUCUUUCUCAAGAACUGUGGAAUCUGGUGAAGAUUUACCCAUAUCAUCAUCGAUAUAGACUGUAUCAUUCAUGGAAGAAUGAGAUUUAUCAUCAGCACCCAUGCCUUAUCCGUCGAAAGGCUGAUGCCCAGAAAAAAAUAAAGUUUGUAAUGAAGCGACUUAGCAAGGAGACAGUGAAGCCAUCUGGACGGACAAUUGGGAAACUCUCCCAUAGUACCCCUGGUUUCCUCUUUGAUUAUGUCCUCAUGCAGAUUCAGCUGUAUGAUAACCUCAUUGGCCCAAUGGUUGAAUCCCUUAAGUUCCUUUCUCAGCUGUCACUUGAUGUUCUGGCAUUUUGCAUUGUGGAAUGCUUGGCUAAACCAACCUCUGAGAUUCCAAAUGCAAGACAGACCCUUGCAGCUUUCAUUGGAGCACUUGCUAAAAAGUUCCCCUUUGAUCUCAGUGGAAUCCUACAGUUUGUGGCCAAUCGCUUGCAAGCUGUACAAACAGAUGAUCUUGUUGUAAUGAUGGAGCUGUUGGAGAAGGUGAGCGGGAUUGAGGCCAUCGAUGAUUUGACUGCUGAACAGCUAGAAGCAUCUGCUGGAGGAGAUCUCCUUAGACAAGAGGCUGGCCAGUUUGUUCAGGUGCGCAAUACGAAGCGUUCAUCAGCCAGGCUGAAGGAAUCUCUAAUGGAGACAAAACUAGCCAUCCCAUUGGCUUUACUUAUGGCACAGCAACGUGAUGCCAUUGUUUUCAAGACCCAGAGUGAUGGAUCAGGACCAAACCAUUUGAAAGUAGUUGGAAAACUCUAUGACCAAUGCCAAGACACUCUCAUUCAGUUUGGCACAUUUCUAUCCCUCAACCUCAACAUUGAAGAAUAUGUGGCACUUUUACCAGAUCUGGAUGCCAUGUUGAAGGAUUAUAAUAUUUAUCCUGAUGUGGCCUUUUUUCUCACACGCCCCAUGAUAAGUCACAUGAUCAAUGCAAAGUAUGAAGAGUUGCGAAAGGCUGAGAAAAAGUGGAAGAGCUUGAAAGAUGAGGAAAGAAAACAGAUAUACAUUGAUGCUAGCCGAUUUGUGAUACAGAGGUUUCAGCCAGCCAUCACUUCCUAUAUCACCAUGAAGGGCUGGGGUGAUCUUAAUAUGGAUUUUUACUUUACCUUUUGGACUCUGCAACUGUCAGACCUGUAUGUUCCCUCAGAACUGUAUGCAAAGGAAGCACAGAGACUGAGCAGCCUCCCAGUUGACUUUGGGUCCAACAAGAAGCGUAUGAAGGAGCAGGAGAAAGGCCCCAAACUGUUGGAUGAGGAGAAACGACAGAAGGAACAUGUGGAACGAGUCAUGGCACGACUGAGUCAAGAAAAAAAUACAUGGUUACCUCCAACUGGACUGAAGAAUGCUACUAUCAAUCAAUUUCUCCAGCUCUGCAUCUUCCCAAGAUGUCGGUUCACAGCAGCUGAUGCCAUCUAUUGUGCCAAGUUCAUCCUAACAGUACAUAGCCUCAAAACUCCUCAUUUCUCAACUCUUCUUGUCCUGGAUCGCUUGUUUUGUGACAUAUCACAGACAGUGACAUGCUGCACAGAGAAGGAGGCAAGCCGCUAUGGACGAUUCUUGUGUGAAGCCCUGUCUUAUGUGAUGCACUGGCAUAGAGACAAGGAAGUGUUUGACCAGGAAUGCAGCUCUUACCCAGGUUUCAUCCAGAAGCUCAAUGUGCGAGUGGCUAACAAACCCUCAGAUGUGCAUGACAUAGUGGACUAUGAAAAUUACCGACGCAUCACGCACAAGUGGCAUAUGAAGGUCACCAAGGCACUGGUGAUGUGCCUGGAAUCAAAGGAUUAUGUCCAGAUUCGUAAUGCCCUGGUUGUGCUCAUGCGUAUCCUUCCACAUUUCCCAGCCAUGACCAAGACCUCAGCUCACAUUGAGAAGUGCAUGGAGCAGCUGAUUGCAAAAGAGAAGGAAAAGCGACCUGAUUUGCAUGUCUUGGCCAUGUCAUAUGCAGGUCUUUUGAGGAAUAAGAAGUCCACCUUCAUCCCUGAAGAAGAAUUCCACCAGAAGCAACCAAAGAAGGAAGCCACUUCUUCUACUACAACUGUCACCCCAGCUCUUGCUCCACCUGUCACACAGGCCAUCAACCAGGGCAAGAAAGAUGAGCCGCCAAGCAAGAAAGCCAAGACUCCAAAGGGUGAAGUCCCAACAGAGCAGACAUCUGGGGAAGAUGAGAAAGUGAGAAAAGUGAAAAGCAGCAAGAAAGAUGGUGGUAGCAGCUCAGCAGCAGAUGGAGAAUCCAAGAAAUCUUCAAAAGACAAAGACAAGGAGAAGGAGAAAGAAAGAGAGAAGGAAAAGGUGCCUCAGGCUUUAUCUGUGGCGACAGCAGCACUUCGAAGCCACCGUGAAGAAGUGGCAGGAAGACGAAGUCGUGGAGGAAGCCAUCAGUCAGUAGAUAAGGAGUCUACAUCUUCCCCAUCAGACUCUGGUCGAGACUCAAAGAGAAGAAAACAAGACAAGGGGAGCAAGAGCCCUGGAGAAGAAGAGCAGGGGAAGAAAAGAAAGAAAAAGACAGACAAGGACAAGGAUAAGGAUAAGGAUAAGGACAAAGAUAAAGAAAAAGAGAAGGAACGGAAGAAGGACAAAGAGCAUAGAAAAAGAGAACGUGACAGCAAAGAAAGUGCUACUGCAUUUGAGAGAGAGAGACAAUAA